GUAUGAAACCGUCACACCAAGGUUACACGUGUCUACCAGCGAGAAUGUUGGUGGAGGUUUACGACUUCUGAACCUAUCUAAGUCAUCGCUGAAGAGGACCCAGCAGGAACACCACCACCGAGAGUGUAAAGGAUGUUUGGUAAGGAGAGCCGAACAGCAGGUGUCGGGAACGUGAAAAAGGCGAGGGUCAGCUAGCCGAGUGAUAAUUGAGAAGCCAACGAUGGCAGACCUGCGCACCAAACUGGAAGGUAAUUCAGUUCACUCACACAUAUAAGCCCCGCAUUCCUCGCUCGACAUGCCCAUCCAACCUCUCCCUCCUCCGCCAUGGCAGACACUUUCAGAUGGAACCCCAUCCUCUAUUGGCAGCCAAAUGGCUUGCGUGACGUGGAGCUCUACCUGGUACACCUCACCUGGAGGCUCCGGCGAGUAUGUGCUGCCAAUGAAGAGUACCCGAUCAUAAGCACAAAUACCAGCACGUGGAGCGACGUAAACAUUCUGGUCACGAAAGAAGUCACGGUCGAAGUGGAGGUGGUAGAGUCGUAACAGGGAGGACACCGUGACCAGCACGCACCUGCAUCCCAAACCAAACUUCUUCGUCGUUCCUUAUACACUCCAAUUCCUUUCGCUCGUUUAUCAAUACUCUUGUCCAGUCCGUUGUUUGCUUCGUUGAUCGUUGGUUUCUCGCAAUAGACUGUUUUCCAAAGCCACUCCGGCGUCGCCUUAGCCAUCGUCCAAGUACUAGCUCUGAUUCCUAUUUGGUGUCCUUGAUAGAUAGGCAGGUCUGGUGGACGAAGAGCGUCAAGACCUGCAGCUUUAAUAAUAUACUUUAAUGGACUCACCUAUG